AGAGUCCCAAUCAAACUGGCCUUAAAAAGAUAACAACGGAGGGGUGCUUGCUUCCGCAACGCACGGCGUAGUUCCGGGCGUUACCGGGAGGCUAGCCCGGUAGCUUUCUUGUUAAGAACCUCCUAUAAGAUGUGAUGUGAUGACGUUAUGCCAUACCUUCGAGUCGAAGCAAUCGGAUUGGAGUCAUGGGGGGUGGACGGCGGGGUUCCGAUCAUCUCCCUCAAGAGCUGGCCAAUGAGGCUGACACCUCCUCCGACUCCGACCCCUACUCCUCUGAUUUCUUCCCGUCCGUUUGCUACUCAAACCUCGGCCCAGAGCCCGCCGACGAUGAGUCCCUGCGGCGGCGAAGCAAGACGUAUUCCGAGGUCUUGAAGUCUUAUGUGACCCCGCGCAGAAUGCGACCCCGUGCCCUCCGAGUGGCCAAACAUAUCAUCUGUUGCCAUUGUAGGCCCUGUGCAUGGAUCGAGGAGGUCGGCGGCACCAAGGCGAGGGAUUACGAUAUCCCAGAGACCAUGACGCUGCUUCUGGUCGGGCCGAGAGGGUCCGGCAAGAGCACCCUCGUCAACAGGAUCACCAGGGUCUUCCAAGAUGACCAGUUUGCACCCGACAGAGCACAGGUUUCCCAUAAUGUGUCGGUUACAGAAGGGUCCUGUUUCUUGCAAGAGUACAUGAUUCCGAGGGAUUCAAAGAAACUUUGUGUCUAUGAUACUCGUAGUUUGUCGACAUUCUCGUCUGAUAACUUCAAAUUGCUCCAAGAUUGGAUGAUGCACGGCGUCACACAUCGACAAAUGGUGAUCAGAGACUCAGAUGAUGUGAUUACAACUAAUAGAAUAAAAGACAUGGCACGAGAAGGGUUUGGCCCUUGCCAGAAGAGGAUGGUCAACUUUGUCAUAUUUGUUGUUGAUGGAAUCUCUGUUCUGAAAUCAAUUGAUAGCAUGGAUACGCGGUACAAUGACAUGCUUGCUGAAACUUUCAACUAUCCAUUCUUGUCAUUCAGAGAUAACAAGCCAGUUGUUGUGGUCACUCAUGGCGAUGAACUCUCACUCUUUGAGCGUGCUCAUAUCCGCACUUAUUUGGGGGAAUUAUUAGGAAUUCCUCCACUUACACAAAUUUUUGACAUCCCAGGUACAAAUGAGCGUGACACUGAGGUGGCUGUAGUGGACAUGUUGCAUUAUUCCAUUGAACAUGCUUACAGGAACCUUCCUUUUAAACAUAAUUUCGUCAUAGAGGCUGAGAGGAUCCUGACAAGGUUGGCGGACAAAUUAGAGAGUUUUCAUUCCAUAGUGGAACUUGUCAUGAUUUUCCUUUGGUUCUAUCUACUAUUGUUGUUGGGAAUGAAGUGUCUUGUGAAAUGGUAGACAAGUUCUUGUUGCCAAAGCCGAGAAAUCUCUCGCUACCUGAAGCCUUUGGUGUGCAUAAAAUUCUGCACAAAAACGCAUUUCUGCUACAGCGUAGGUUUACCUUAUUUUUUCAUUUCACCUCUUGAGAUUUAAAUCAUAUUGUCUUGUUAAUGGACACGAUAGCCUAAGUACUGAAGUUUCUUAGAACACUAGGCAAGUCUUUUGGUGGGAACGAUGUAAGUUCUGAUUUGUGAUUAGAUGUCUUCUUUCCUUUGGUUUGCUUACUAACGGGCAGCCUAAUUGGGCACUCA